CACUUCUACAGGAAAUACCCUCCGCUCGCGCAGAUUGUUGAGGCCGCCAUUUUACCGACCUUACGCGCACAGGAACAAUGGUGGUCCUGCUCCAGUCCAAGUCCUUCCUGGAAAACAUGCUGUCCUCUUUAAACGACCUAAGACUCCACGGACAUCUCACCGACAUCACAAUCAAGGUCGACUUCCAGGGAAAAGCAGAGGAAUUCCGAGCCCAUCAGUUAAUGUUGGCGGCAUCUAGUGGCUAUUUCAAAAGUAUAGUCCUGUCUGAGCACUGGAUACAAGACAAAGUUCUACUCACCAACAUGCAAACGACAAAUUUUGCCAAAUUUUUAGAGUUUGUUUACACUGGGAAAAUUCAAGUUAGCUGGAAUGAGUUAGUCGAUAUUCAGUUAGCGGCUAAGUUCUUGGACUGUCAGGAGCUGUUCUUGUUGUGUAAAGAAACUAGGGAAAAGGCCUCACGAAAACUGAAAAAAUUGUCCAAAACUACUACCACUACUACUACAACUACUGCUCAUACGAGUACUACUACUACUACUACUACUACUGCAGAAAAGGAGAAUGAGAAUAAUCCAAGAAGGUCUAAAAGAAAGAAAAAAAACAAAAAGAUGGAUUCAGACGAUAGCGAUUACACACCAGCUAGCGAAAAAACAACAGGUACAAACACAUUUAAUAAGACGCUUAAACUACGACUACCACGUAAAGCUCUUGAAAAGACGAGUGAACCUGAAAAGGAAGAAAUAAACAGCAGUGAAGUUAAUGAAGAAGCAGAAACUGGAAACGCCAAACCUAAAAAGUCUAAAAACGCAGUACCGUCCGAUGAAGAGUGGAGUCCCAAGGAUAAUACUCCAAAUGGGGAUGAUGAUGAUGAUGACGCUUUCUUACUUGGGUUUGAGGGGCAGGAGCCUUCAGGAGAUGAUAGUUUGGGAGAGGAGGUGUUCAAGUGGACGUCCAAAGCUCAGUUUGAGUGUACCGAGUGCCAGCGAACGUUUCACUACGAAAAGAGCUUUUUGAAACAUAGGAGCACUUACCACGGCAUGACAGCUGAAAUCAUCCAUCGCUGUGAGAUCUGUCAGCAAACCUUCGCCAACCGCAGUAACCUGAAGACCCACGAGAGGCACGUGCACAGCUCCGAGAGGCUGUUCACCUGCAGCACCUGCACCAAGAGCUUCAAGAGGAAGAAAGACGUGGUCCGCCAUCAACGACAGGUCCAUGAGCGUGACAGCCACAAACACAUCUGCAGCACCUGUGGGAAGUCCCUGAGUUGUAAAGCGGCGUUACAUUUACACGAGCGAAUCCACAACGGAACCAAACCGUAUCAGUGCCCCGUGUGUGACGCCAAGUUCACCCAGAAGACGGCGCUCAAGAUGCACAACAGGACACACACAGGAGAGAAGCCGUUUGCCUGUACUUUGUGCGACGCACGAUUUACCCAGAAACAGAUGUUGGCCAAUCACGUCCGCUCUCACACUGGAGAGAAGCCUUUUAUGUGCGAAGCGUGCGGUAAAAGUUUUUCCUCUCGGGAAUAUUUGAGGCACCAUUCAAACAUUCACACCGGAGCCAAGCCGUUUAAGUGUGAUCACUGUGGGCGGGGCUUCUCACAGAGGAACUCCCUCAACCAGCAUUUAAAAAUACACACAGGUGACCGUCCCUACAGCUGCAAGUUCUGUGAGAAGCACUUCACUCAGCUGAACGCUCUGCAGAGGCACCAGAGGAUCCACACCGGAGAGAAGCCCUUUAUGUGCAGCAUGUGUCACCGCACCUUCACCGACAAGUCCACACUGCGCCGACACACCACGACUCACGCUUCUGACGCUCCCUGGACUUCGUUUUUGGUUGUACUGGACGGAAACAUCGAGGACAGAAAACCUCCGACAGAAAUCAAAAACAAACCCCCGAAAACUGUCGACAAAAAGAACAAGAAAAGCAACAACAGGGAGGAUGACGAAGACGCGAAAAACCCCAACAAAUCUGAAACUACAGAGACGUCGACCAUUACUGUCCCGUCAGACUGGGCGAGCCACGGAGCUAUAGCGUUGGUUAGCCACACUGCGCUAGGCGGGAUCACUGUUAUCCACACAGAAAUACCAGCGGGAACGAAACUCCAACCUAUUGUGACGACUGAUAGCACCGGAGCUAGCGUGCUAUCGUUGGACAAUUCGGCUAUUACGGUUCCCUUUUCGCUAGCGGCUAACGUAGCGCAGUCCAUAUCUACCACGACGAUCCCGACUGUUUCUGUUUCGGACGGUACGCUAGCGAUAGUUACGGACAGCCAAACCAUCAGCUCGCCGUCUGUCCUGGAGGUGGCGGCGUCUCAGACGAUUUUAGCUUCAGAAUCGGAUUCGAAAGCCAACGAAGAAGACAUGUUAGCGCCAAAUGUUGAAACUGAGGUUAUCAUGGAAACGACAGCUGAAAUCGAAGUUAAUAUUGAUGCUAAAGAUGACGACGACGACGAAGAAUAAAAUUAAACUUAGAAUCGUGUGUGUGUUGUAUUGUAUAUUUGUAAAGUAAAAUGUGAGUUUUUGUUAUUUAUUUUGCAUAGCAGUGUGGUAUCUUUACAUUUUUGGCAACAUCAUGUCUUUUUUUGUGUAUUUUGUAUUUAAAAGUUGUAAACAGUCACGUGAAGUAUGAAGUAAACGCAAUUAAAGCAAAUAUACCAUCU